AUGAGCUUCUCGCUCACGUUCACGGAGCUGGCCAACAUCGCCAUCCCGCAGUACGGGGUGGUCAACUUCAAGGCGCUGCACCUGCUGCUGCAGGGCAUGCUGGAGCACAUCCACAUGGGCGAGCUCAAGAAGGUCCUCUCGGGGGACGAGGACUUCCUCCAGACCUCGCAGGUCCUGACGGUGCCCAGGGAAGGGGACGCCCAGCCCAUCCUCAACCCCAUGAAAAGGCUCAGCAACGUCUUCGACCACGUGGUGAGCCGUGUGGACAGGAUGGAGACCCAGCUGGCCGCCCUGCAGGACCUGCCCACCACCUCCCAGCUGCUGGAGGCCAGCCAGGGGACCAGCCGGCCCGCCCAGGAGCUGUGGCAUCUCAUCAAGCUCCGGAAGAUGGUGGAGGGCAAUGAGGAAGCCACGGCAAAGUCCAUGCAGACCCUGCAGGAUUUGCUCACCGACCUUCACGUGCUCAAGGUCACCACCGAAACCCUCAGGCAGGAUGUGGACAGGCUGAAGGACAUGUGUGAAAAGAUGCAUCCGGAAAGAAUAGAUAUCUUCUCUGAUGACUUAAAAGCGCAGAACAGGAAGAUGAACGCACUGCAGCGGGACGUGAUUUCUCUCCACAACAAGUUUCGAGCCAUCCCCCAAACCGACGAGAUGGUGCUCUGGAGCGGGCUGCAUGAGGCCAUGUUCACCUCAGAAGCUGAUCCACUCCUGCUGGAGCCGUCCGGUCUGUGGCAGACAGAGCAGCUCCCAGACGCUGCCCUGGCACAGACCUCCGAGUACCUUAAAGCUGCUCAUCCCAGUUGGGUCUCAGAGGCCAUCCGAAGCCCCCAACUCCUGCAGACCGCGUGGCAUUACGAGGUCCCAGGGCUCCUGCCGGAGGAGGAGUCUCCCCAGAAAGUUUCAGUCAGCAGUGCCCAGGAGUCAGGCCAGUCCCAGGCCCUCACACCAGGGCUCGUGUCCCAGCUUUGGCCUGCACCGGAGCCCGCACUCGGGCCCUCACCUGGGCCUGCACCGGAGCCCGCACUCGGGCCCGCACCUGGGCCUGCACCGGGGCCUGUGGUGGGGCACAGUGUGACAUCUGGGUUCGUGACAGCACCGUGGCCUGCCCCAGGUGCCCAGCUCCCGCCAUCGGGAGUCUGGCCUGUUCCCGGAGGUGGCCCCAGGCCUGGCACACAGCCUUUCUGGGGCUUACGCUUCCUGCAUCCCACUCAACCCCAGCCCUCCAGGGCCCCACUGCCCGCUACAGAGUUAGACACAGCAUGGCCUCUUCCACUGCAGCCAUUCCAGCCUCACGGGGAAGGCGCCCGCCAGCUCCCGGCUGUCGCAGAAAGCGGGGAGGAAACUGAGGCCUCCCUCCGGAGAAUGUCUCAGGAUGGGGUCCCCAAGGAUGGAGCCCAAAAGGAUAGAAAGGCAAAGGACAGAGCCCGCAAGGAUGCGGCCCCGAAGGACAGGGCCCCCAAGGAUGGGGCCCCUGGGGAAGCACAGCGUAAGGGUCCCCAGGCUGCCAUUCAGCGGAUAAGAACCGCUACAGCCAUCGCUGCUGCCGCCGCCGCAGCCUACGCAGCCGCCGCCAACUCAGCAGCCCGGGCAGCCAAGGUCGCUGCCAAGGCAGUCAAGGAUGCCCCUGCCACCAAACUGGCUACCAUAGCAACAACUAUGGCCACAUCUGGGCCCUUGGGGGUCUCUGCAGAUAUCCUGGGUGCAGGGCCUUCCCGCGGGGCCCUCGUCGAUGACGGGGAGGAGCUGGAGGAGGAGCUGGAAGAUGUGCCAAUAGAUGAUGAUAUCCUCUCUCCACCCUACUAUGCUGUCACCACUCCUGAAGUCACCCUGUCCCAGGCCAUGCUGGCAGCCAUGCUGGCGGCCAAGCAGGCCACGAGUCCUGAGGACAAGAAGAAAGCCGUCAGGUACUCCAUGAGCUGCAUGGCCCAGAUUCCUAUUCAACACGACUCCCUGAAGGAGGAGUUUGCCCAGCUGUCCUCCAGCCUGAACCAGCGCCUGACUUAUCUAGCCAAUAUGGGAAGCUCUUCCGGGCUCGGGCCCACAGUGGACAUAUUGCAGGAAAAGAUUGGCAACCUCCAGAAGUCCAGGCUACAGGGGGAGGAACUUGAGAGAGUUUGGGGCCACCAAAUAGAGAUGGUGAAGGACCACUACACCGUGCUGGACAAGGCGGUGGAGAGGCUGGAGGCUCGCCUGGAUGAGUUCAAGAUGCUCCAGGCGCAAAUCAAAGGCCUGGAAACGAGCAUGGUGAACAAGAGCGUGAUGGAGCAGGAGCUGAAAGAGAAAGCCGACAGGAGCACCCUGGCAAGCAAGGCAAACAGGGCCGAUCUGGAAACCAUGGCAACGGAGCUGAACGAGAUGAUUCAGGGCAUGCUCUUCAAGGUCUCGGCCCACGAGCACGACUGGAAGAAGACUAUGGAGCGUCUCAGGAAGGACGUGAGCACCAGGCUAGUCCACAGUGAUCUGGACUCUCUGAAGAAAGAAAUGCAAGAGAUCUGGAAAGUACUCCAGAGGCUGCUGGUUGAGGGCUUCCGAUUCGACCCUGACAGUGCCGCCGGCUUCAGGAAGAAGCUCUUCGAGCGGGUGAAGUGCAUUUCCUGCGACCGGCCGGUGGAGAUGAUGACCAGCCCACAGCUGAUCACCAUCCGCAAAGCCCAUCUGCUGUCGCGGCUGCGCCCCGCCAGCGCCAACGGCUACGAGUACCUGCAGCGGCAACAGAUGAGGGAACAGCAGCGGCUGCAGCUCCGGGACCUUAGAAUCCGGGAGAGCCUGGACUCCUGCCAGCAGGACUGGGGUGAUGGCCCCCGAAACGAUGCCAACCUGAAGCACAAGUCGUACAACCUGUCAACACUGUACCCCUACGGGGACCCUGAACUGAUCGAUUAUGACACUGCCGAGGUGGACAUCCUGGGAGUGGACGGGAUCCUGUACAAAGGCCGAAUGAACAACCAGAAUGUGGCUCAGCCCUCGGCCACCAUGGACAAGGAGCUGGCAGCUGUGAAGGUUCCGUGUCCCCCAUCUCGAAGCCUGUAUGAUCGUGCGGGCUCCAGUGCCUCGCUUGGUGCCAUCUACCCCCCCCUGUGCCCCCGCACCAGCACCUACUCAGACGUCUUGGGCUCUCACCCGAUGAUGCCAGCUCGGCCGCCUUCCCUGCCGCCUCUGCCACUGCUGCCGCCGCUGGUCCCACACCCAAGGGACCCCCAGCAAGCCCCAGGGCCUGCCAGGCCCUUGAGACCUCUGCGCCUCGAAUCCCGAGCCAGCAAACAGCCCCCUGAGGAGCCCACCAACCCAUGA